UGUGCGUUUAAACCCACGCAAAGACACAGGUCUUUAGGCAUGGUGUUUGUGUCAACUGUCACCUAUAAUUGCACACACUCACUCAGGAAACACAUACACAAGCAUGUCAAAACAUUUUUUGAACUUCGUACCUCAAAUCAAUAUAUAAAUGAUUUCAAGAACCAUUUUCCCCAAAGCACAUAAAUCAGCUCAACCCUCUUUCUCGUUCCCCCCUCCUCUCCCUCUAGAUACAUCAAACAUGUCUGUUCUGUACUUGCAUUAGUUGAUUUGUUUUCUGCUACUGAUCAUUAUAGUAUAUUAUAUAUAUACGGAAGUAUAUAGAUGCAGUAGAGGUGUUGGGGGUGGGGAUUGAAGAAGAAGAAGAGGAAGAUGAGCAGUGGAGUUAAGGGAGCUGCAGUGGGAAGUAGGGUUCCGAUUCCGGGCAGCGUAAAGAAGACGAUCGAGGAUAUAAAGGAGAUUACUGGGCAUAAUCAUAGCGAAGAUGAGAUUUAUGCAAUGCUUAAGGAAUGUUCCAUGGAUCCCAAUGAAACUACGCAGAAGCUCCUACUUCUCGGUACAUUCCAUGAAGUAAAAAAGAAACGUGAUAGGAGAAAAGAGAAUUUGAAUAAGGAGCCUGCAGAGUUGAGGUGGAAGCCAGGUAGCCAGGCGCGGGGGAAUAGAGCAGGUGGCGGAAACUAUUCAUCCCGGCAUGUGUCUCAGGAUGCUGGUGGUGGAAGAAGUUCAUCCACUGUUAAGGAAAGGGCCACCAGUCAGAUUCCAGAGAAAGUCGUUAGCAAGAGUCUUCUGGUCAAUGCACAAGAAGUGAAAAAGAAUGAAGCUUCUUCCAUUGCAAGGUCGGAUAGUCCAAUUACUGAUGUGUCUAAUGGUCCAUCUGGUAUUACUUCCCAGAGUACCAAUUCUAUUUGUGACAACCAUGUGUGUGCAUGUGGAGGUGUUGAUCAAUACAAUGAAACUGGAAUUACCAGCAUGCGUAAGUUGGAAGGACCACUGAGAUUUUCAUCCCCUAUUGAUUCAAGUAGCAUCCCUGAUACUCCAAGGACCAGGGAUAUACAAAAGAAUGAGAUGCUAGAUUCAAGUAACCCUGCAAAAUCCCCAACUCCGGCACCUGGUUCAGGAUCUCAUUUCUCUUCUUUGGAUCCUGUGCCAUCUCUAGAUUUUCCACUCCCCAGUGCCAUGGAUGCAAUUAGUGGUGAAGCAGGAAAUCAGCAAAUUGCCAUUGAACUAAUUGCUGAUAAUCUUGCAGAGAGGAAAUCAGCUUCUGCCAUGCAGGAAAAGAUGCCAAAUGACUUCCAGGGAGUUGGAAAUACUCAAAAUUCAGUAUCUAUGGGGACUGCCUCUUCUAUUUUUGGUGUUUCUUCUGUUAGUAGGCCUUCAUCUAAUUAUAACAAUCCAUCUCAAGUGGUUGGCCCACAAAAAGUGGUUCCAAGCAAAGAGUGGAAGCCAAAGUCUACAAAUCCCAGUAUUGGACAGAGUGUCAGCACAGAUGCUUCAUCUGAGGUUUCUACAAUAUCUGUUGGCAGUUAUCCUGAAUCACAGCUAGCUCCUUUAAAAGAAGCUACUCCAGAGCUGCAGACGAAGUUAGAGGAGUUACACAUUUCUGAUAGUCAGCAUGUUAUUAUUCCUAACCAUAUACAUGUGCCUGAAGUUGGAAAACUUGGAUUUUGUUUUGGAAGUUUUGAUGCUAGCUUUGGAGUAGACAUGACACGUAAUGGAGGCCUUGAGAGUGACAAGAGUCCAGCACUAUCUGGAUCAUCUGAACCUAUUGAUGAACCCAUGAAGGAGCUAAAGUUGAGAAAUCAAACUGUGUUGGUAGCUAUGGAGAACACUGAAGCAAAAUAUCCUGGCCAUACCCAAUCAGUUUCACAAGUACCAGAAAUAUUUUUGUCUAGCGAGUGUGAAGUCCCAUCCUCUAUCAGCCCUGAUUAUGGUGAAUCCAAGCAGGAGGUAUCUCCCAGAAGCCAUCAACAUCCUGUUGUCCAUUCUUCUUCAAACUAUAAUAUUGGUUUUAUGCAACCAAUAUUGAGUGGCCAAGUUCCACCUUUUGAAAGUUCAGAAUCUCAAACUCGUGAUGUUCCUCCACUUCCAAGCUUUGCUGUGCAGCAAUCUUUUGAUCCAACGAGCUACUAUGCACAGUUUUAUCAAUCUGGCAUGGAUAGUGAUGGUCACACUUUGCCUCUUCAGUCUGCUGGAGCUGCAAACAAAUACCAUGGAAAUGCUGCACUUGUGUCUGCACAGACUUCUCAGUCUCCUCAAGAGUUGCAGGGUGGUGCCCCUCCGAUUCAGUCCAUGGUGUCUUCAGCACAUCUUGUCACCCAACCUGCUGGGAUCAUGCAAAGUUCAAUAGCUGCAACUCAGCAACCUCUUCCUGUAUUCCAUCAACCAGCUGGCCUUCAUCUGCCCCAUUAUCCUCCAUUUAUUGCUUAUGGUCCUUAUUUCUCUCCAUUUUAUGUCCCACCACUAGCAAUUCAUCAAUUUUUAAGCAAUGGUGCGUCGCCUCAGCACCCUCAGGGUGGCAGUUUGUAUCCAACGCCACCUGGAAGAAUUGCCAAAUAUUCGGUUUCUCAGUAUAAGCAAGGAUCUAGUACAGGAAGCUCGUCCCACGUUGGAGUGGCUGGCAGCUACGGGUCAUAUGGUCUUUCUGCGCCCAACUACACAUCCAGUUCAGCCACACCAGCCCUUACUUCAACGCUAAAUGAGGAUAUUGCCGUCCCAAAGGAAAAUUACAUUUCUGUCAGUGGUCAACAGAGUGAAGGUUCAGGUGUGUCCCGGGGUCAACUGGCUUUCACCUCAACACAGCCUGGCCACGGAACCUUAACUGGUAUUUACCACCCGGCACAGGCAGUGACAGCUGCAACUGUUCACCCUCUUUUACUACAUUCUCAAGCCAUUACCAACCACGUUGAUAUGGGAGGAUCAAGAGCUGGUGUUUACCAACCGUAGCAAGAAAGGAGAUGCUUCUUUCAGAAAGGCAGCAACAAGUUCAAAAUCCGCACGAACCAUUCUUCUUGAUGGAAUUUCUAUAGUAAGUUCUGAUUUGAAGAGCUACAUCCGCAGGCACAAAUGCCUGGAACUGAGUAUAAAUUAGUGGAAGGGGGCAAUAACUUUUUAAGUUAACUGAGGGCAGAAUCCGCAAAUGAUCCUGUUUCUUGCCUCUCGGAGAUGGCUUUGUAUUUUCCCUCAACAAGUGUUAAUCCCUUUAUAGGUUUUAGCAUUAUCCAUAGCCUAAAAUAGAAUUUGUUAUUUUUGUUUGUUAUAUUUUAUCUAGAGUUGGGACUGUAUUUGAGGUGUUUAUCUGUAGAGCAAAAACAAGAGUUGUAACUAUGGGAAUGUUGCAACUGGCCCGUGGUAUAUACAGAUGGUGAUUUCAUUA